UCAGUCGUUUUCCGGGUUUCAGAAUAAAACGCCUCCAGUUUAAAUUAAAAAAAAAGUUUGGUGCUCGAUUUUCUUUUGUUUUCUUCCAUUUUUGCGUGAUUCCCUCGCGGUUUACGGCGCGUUUAAGUCAGUGAAGAUGUCGACCACGUCUCAGAAACAUCGCGACUUUGUCGGUGAGCCGAUGGGCGACAAGUCGGUGAUGGCGCUGUCGGGAAUCGGAGGGAUUCUGGGAAAAAAGCUGGAGGAGCAGGGUUUUGAUAAGGCGUACGUGGUGCUGGGUCAGUUCCUGCUGCUGAAGAAAGACACAGAGAUGUUCACUGAUUGGCUCAAAGACGUGAGCGGAGCAAACAGUCGUCAGGCAGGAUCCUGCGCUCAGUGCCUGAAGGAGUGGUGCGAUGCUUUCCUUUGAGACCCCGCGUCCUAUUUCAUUAUGGCCACGCCCCUUUCAUGUCCCUGCAGGACAGGUGUUUGUCAAUAAAAAGCUUUUGUCUCAAA